GUCAGCUGACUUGAAGGGGCGUGGUCAAAGAGCCUAGCUACCGCCUGCUAAUGCAGUUAGAGUAGAUUAACCUAGUCAGCUCCUUGCAUGCACUUUCACCGAGGCCUUUCGUCGCCUCGUGGCUUACGACUCACUUAUCAACAUAAACAGCUUACGUUUGGAAUAAUUUGGUUGAAACAUUUCUCAUGUUGAGCAUCGAAAUGUCAACGCCGUGAUAUGCGAACGUAGCGGCUAGCUAACUAGCUUGCUAGCCGGGCUGUCAGUGUCCUCCUUGCCCACGGGAGCAUAAAUGUGUGACGCAUUGUACGGCCGUGGCGUAGGUGAACGACACACUGGGGACGAUGCGGAAGGACGUCAGGAUCUUACUGGUUGGCGAACCCAAGGUGGGAAAGACAUCGCUCAUCAUGUCCCUGGUCAGCGAGGAGUUCCCAACUGUGGUUCCUUACCGAGCUGAGGAGAUAACCAUCCCUGCAGAUGUCACUCCAGAGAGAGUCCCCACACACAUUGUCGACUUUUCAGAUGCGGAGCAGACAGAUGAGCAGUUGUUCCAAGAGAUCUCAAAGGCAAAUGUGAUUUGCAUUGUGUACUCCGUCAACAAUAAGACGUCAAUAGAGAAGGUGACCAGCUACUGGAUCCCCCUCAUUCUUGACAACACCGACAAGGACAGCAGGGUUCCUCUCAUCCUGGUGGGAAACAAGUCUGACCUAGUGGAGCACAGUAGCAUGGAGACCAUCCUGCCCAUUAUGAACCAGUACAGCGAGAUCGAGACCUGCGUCGAGUGCUCAGCAAAAAAUCUGAAGAACAUCUCGGAGCUGUUCUACUAUGCCCAAAAGGCUGUCCUUCAUCCCACUGGCCCCCUCUACUGUCCAGAGAAAAAAGACAUGAAGCCACUUUGCGUCAAGGCGCUGACGCGAAUCUUCAAAGUGUCCGACUUGGACAACGAUGGUAUUCUCAACGAUAGUGAGCUUAACUUCUUUCAGAGGACAUGUUUCAACAUGCCACUGGAGCCGCAGGCGUUGGAGGAUGUGAAAACUGUCGUGAGGAAGAAUUUGAGAGAUGGGGUGUGCGACAAUGGACUCACUCUCAAAGGGUUCCUGUUCCUCCACACGCUGUUCAUCCAGCGAGGUCGACACGAAACAACGUGGACGGUCCUGAGGAGGUUCGGAUACGACGACGACCUGGAGCUCAAUCAGGACUACCUCUUCCCUCCGCUGAAAGUCCCCGCCGACUGCACCACAGAGCUCAACCACACAGCCUACCUCUUCUUGCAGAGUGUCUUCGACAAACAUGACAAGGACCGUGACUGUGCCUUGUCGCCAGAGGAGCUGAGGGACCUGUUUGAUGUUUUUCCCUACAUGCCCUGGGGUCCUGACGUCAACAAUACAGUGUGUACCAACGAGCAGGGCUGGAUCACCUACCAGGGUUAUCUCUCACAGUGGACUUUAACAACUUAUCUGGAUGUCCAGCGUUGCCUGGAGUAUCUGGGCUACCUUGGCUAUUCAAUCAUAGCUGAGCAGGAGUCCCAAACAGCAGGGAUAACAGUGACCAGGGAUAAGAAGAUUGACUUGCAGAAAAAGCAGACACAGCGUGGCGUCUUCCGCUGCAAUAUCUUCGGAGAUGUCGGCAGUGGGAAGAGCGGCUUCCUCCAAGCCCUUUUGGGGAGAAACCUGAUGCACCAGCAAAUGAUCAAAGAGGAACAUAAAUCCUACUACGCCAUCAGCACGACCUUCGUUUAUGGUCAGGAGAAGUACCUUCUACUUCAUGAAGUGUUCCCUGACUUGGACUACCUGUCUGACACUGACCUGACCUGUGACAUCGUCUGCUUUGUUUAUGACAUCAGCAACCCGUACUCCUUCGAUUAUUGCGCUAAAGUCUUCAAGCAAUACUUCAUGGACUGCAAGAUCCCGUGCAUGAUGAUAGCGGCCAAGUCGGACCUGCCCGAGACGAAACAGUUCUACGGCUGCAGCCCUCUGGAGUUCUGCCGGAGGCACAAAAUGCCUCCUCCGCAAUCGUUCACUUGUAACACAGCGGGGCCGCCUAGUAGAGACAUCUACACCAAACUCAGCACUAUGGCCAUGUACCCCCACGCGCGACUGCGCUGCAUGUGCACUUGUAACCGCUGCACCUUCUGCUUGUGUCAGAACCUGCUCAACUCCGAGCUGCUGCAGACGGUCAGGGCCAAACUCCACGCUGUGGUUCUCCGCAGACAUAUGAGCCAAGCGGACCUGAAGAGUUCUGCCUUCUGGCUGAGAGCAAGUGUCGGCGCCACCGUGUUUGCUGUGCUGGGCUUCGCAAUGUACAGAGUUCUGCUCAAACCACGGUGAUGCCUCAUGACUACCCACAACCCUUUCUUCUACAAUACAUACUAUAUGGACAAAAGUAUAGGGACAGUCACUCGGCUAUGGGUGUGAACGACCUUAUGAAAGUCUUAAAAGGAGACAUCAAGUUCGUUUUAAAACAGUUUUCAGGUGUUUUCACGUCUGUGACUUUCGUUGAAAUACCCCCAAAUAGUCUCAAUGGCCACUUUGUACACCACAUUUCCUAUCUUGCUGAAAUCAAUUUUAGGGGCCAGCAAAAAGACAAACAAUAAGUCAUUUUUUCCGGAUUAUGUCUUCCGUAUUAAUAAGAAAGGCCCUCUCUGUUCAAGCGACAUCGAUAAAGACGGUGUUGGAUGGGUUUGGUUUAAAAGAACUCCGUCACAAAUGAGCACCGUCCAUCAACACGCCCUCCAAAAUCUUCUAAAAAGAAUCCCAGAAGAAUUGAAGCGCUUGUAGCUGCAAAGAGAGCCUUUCUUCAUCAUUUCCUCUCGUAUUACGGUAGUGCAUUUGGGUGAAAUUGCAACGUGUCCCAAUCCUUUUGUCCAUCCAGUGCAUCAACACAGGUACCAAAUUUCUGACUUGAGAUGCAGACAUUUAUUGUGCUUAAAAAAAAAAGUUGCAAUAUUUAAUUUUCUACUUCAAAGUGUAAUUUUGCUUAUUGUGCAUGUGUGCAGAAAGAAAACAUAUAUUUAUAUCAGAGGAAUAUAAGAAGCUACUGCUGAUUGAAGCGUAUUAAAUUGUAUACAGGUGUGUUCCAUAAUUUUUUUUUCUUUCGGUUGGCCCGUUGACUGCACUUGUCAAGCCAGGCGAGAGAUGCAAUAUUUUAAUUAGUGAUAGUGUACAUACUGUAAAUAACUCUGAGCUUCUCCUUCAGACUGGCUGGCAUGAUACUUAAGCAUCGAUAGGAUUUAUUUAUUUAUUGUUUUUGCCUUUUUAUGGCCAAGUGUGUGAAUGGGGACAUGUGACCUGCAGAAUUUAGUCAUGCUGCAAAACACGUGUUAUCAUUUCUGGCCACAUUCCAUCCAUUACUCACCAUAAUUAGUAUGUGCUGUGUAGCUGAAAAUGAAAACAUAUUUGUUUGUCCCCGUGACCUUUUUCGAAAUCUCCACCGAAUUUCUUGUAGCGGAAGAUUCAACGACAGUCUGUUGUACAACUGCUUGCCAUAUGUUACGAUUGGAUGAACAGUAUUUCCCAGGCACCGCCAUUUGGAAAAAUCACAAUAAAUACAAAUCAUCUGGUUUGA